CUGCAGACGCGCCAAAACAAGAUCCUUAAAAUGAUGCUGGACUUGCCGUUUAACUUCCCGACGGACGAGCUCGAGGAGGUGGCUAACACGGAAUCGCUGGACACCUGGACCAGCAAGCUGCUACAACGAUUUUGGACUAGUUGCACGAUGUCGGAAAACGAUCUGAUAUCGAGUUUGGUGCCGUGAUACUGUGAUAUAGUUUUUUAAGAAAUACUUUCCUCCUCCCUUACUAGGUAUGCCAGCAAUAGCAACAGGUUUUUUGCGAGUGUUUUCCUGUUUUCCAUUUCGAUUUUUCAACCAACUUUAUUUCCGUCCAUUGAGAUAAAUGUAUUAGUCACAGCUGUAAGGAUCCUCCAAAACUCUGUACCUACUGCACUUACAAAAACUAUUGUUAACCGACAACUGAAGAAAUAAACAGAAAUGCAUUGAAUUAAAAACAAUUUCGUGUUUCUUAUAACCUAAUAGAGUUUUGGUGUUCCUUUCAACUAUGGUUUACACUAUAAUUCAUUUAGAUGUAAUUGGAUAUUCUAACAAUGGAUGCGGCAAGAGAAGGAAAAAAUAAAAAAAAACCUUCGAGAUUUGCUGGCAAAGUUUGAAGAAUUAAAAGAAUUAAAUGCAUAGGGGUCAUUCCACCUGAAGUGUGCAAGAAAAAAUGCAAAUUUGAUAAUUACCAUCUCCGACUCUGCUCAAAUUUUGCAGAGCUGUUGAGACUAUCAAAACAUGAAAAAAUCCCGAAUUUCAUCCAAAUUGGACCACCCCCUCUAUUUUUGUACCCUCCCAAAAAAUAGACUUUUUGGCGAUUUUUGAGCGAAACCCCUAUCUUCAAACGACGAUAACUCAGGAACCACAAAUCUUAGAGGGUCGGUCUUAGACUCAAUUUUGAAGGAAAUUGGACGUAGAAUCCAUUUCCGUGAUCAAAAUUUAGAUUAAAAUAUUUGUUCUACCUGUAUUGCGCAAUUGAAAACUUUAAAUGGCCGUAGCUCAAAACAGCCCUAUUCAUUUUUCAAAUUUGACCUCACCAUCGUAUUCCCGGCCAAUUUUACAUAAGAAUCACUUACCGUAAACUGGGGUCAAUCGGGACACAUGGGCGAAUUGGGACAGCAGUUUUAACCAUGUUGGAGCACAAUAUUUUGAUUUUUCUGGUUGGUUUCGGUUAGAGCAGACUCAGGCCAACAAAAUGUGUACAUCCAUUUCCAAAUUAAAAAGCUUUAAGUGAUCUAAAAACUGUUGUCCCUAUUCAGACUGUAGUCCCGAUUCACCCCAGAUUACGGUAUCGACAAAAAGGAAUAUGUUUCGUGCUGUUCCGUUUCAGAUGGAAUCACCCAUAGUUGAAAAAAUGUGUUGUGGAUAUUUUUCAAAUGUCCGUCAUUACAGUGUUUGUCUUUCUUCUCUGAGACCGCUCGUGGUACCCCCAGGAGUACAUGUAUCCCAGGUUGAGAACCGCUGCUAUGGUGUAUGGAAAUGAACACAACUCGCUUGGAAUCGAUAUGGAUUCGUUAGCUGAGCUGUCUUGUGAGUCGAUGAGUAUAAUGGCUGCACCAAACGUGGUUAGCAGUGGCAACAAACGGAAACAAAACAGCUCCACCCAACCAGAGCUUGCGACGCUGUCCCGUGAGGAACGAAGAAGACGCCGGAGAGCAACUUUAAAAUACCGAACAGCACAUGCGACCAGAGAGCGUGUUCGAGUGGAAGCGUUCAACGUGGCGUUCACAGAACUAAGGAAAUUGUUACCAACCUUACCUCCCGAUAAAAAGCUUUCGAAGAUCGAAAUCUUGAAACUUGCUAUAUGUUACAUUGCAUAUUUAAACCACGUCCUUGAAGCAUAACAAGAAAAACUUAGUUGUUUUUUUUAUUUGGGUUGUUUUUUGUAUAUAGUAAUUUAUGUUUGCAUAAAAGAGAAAAAAAAUAAAACACUAAACUUUUUGUUAAACUUUUUUACGCGUUGGCGCUUCGCCGGGUCUGGUGGCGCAGUGGUUAGCGUGGUAGCCUCUCACCCCAAUAUGACCUGGGUUCAAUCCCAGACGGACCCGGUGGCAUUUUUCGAGACGAGAUUGGCCUGACCACGCCUUCUAUCGGAUGGGGAAGUAAAACGUCGGUCCAUUAACGUAAAAGAGGUUUUGGGUGACUCACCACACAUAACCUUCGGACGCCUAGAAAUGAGCAGAAACUUGCAACAGAGACCAUAAAAGACCCGGGGGUCGUUAAAGUGGAUUACUUUGCUUCGCUUCGAACUAUAUAUAGGGAGCGUUCUUUUAUUACGUAACGCAGUUGGGGAGGGGGGGUCGGAUGCCAUGUUACGACAAUAAAAAAAAAUCAAAAUUUGUAUGGAAAAUUUGAUACGAAGGGGUAGGGGUUGUCUACAAAUAAAAACAAGAUUGUCCGUUCGACGCAGUGGUGAACGCAGAACGCUGUGCCAGUUCGAUUUUUCCAUCAGCUGUCAGUCGAACAAUCUGCAGGGGUUGCUUUGUUCAAUGGUCGAUGACUGGCAGGCUAUGAUGACAGGCGCAAAAUUUUGCGUUUGCGUCCAGGUCUGACGGACAAUCUUGUUCUUACC